AAAUUCAAGAACCUUUUCUUACAAACUCAAGAACAUGUCAAAUUCAAGAACCUAUUCGUACAUAUAAGGACUUUGAUGUACGCCUCUCUGCUGAAGAAUGUCAUUAUGCCAUUUAUGAUUUUGACUUUGUCACUGUUGAAAACUGCCAGAAGAGCAAGAUUUUUUUUAAUUGCAUGGUAAGAAACUCAUUCCUGUGAAAGCUCACUGCAUUAUUUGUGGCUUUGACAAUAGAUUGUUCAUCAUUCUAAUCAUGUACAUGUAAGAAAAUAAUUCCUCGUAUUGGAACAAGUGAUUAAACUACAUGAAAAGGGAAAACUUGAUAAAUAAGAAAAGAGUUAUGAAAGAGAUGACGAAAAUUACCAAAAAUUUACCUAAUUUUGAUCUUAAUUAACUUAAAAAUAAAUCAGAUUCGAAAUUUAUGUAAACCGGUUCAAAAUUGAACAUUAACUUAAGUCUGGUUUACAUAAACCCAGAUUUCGGUCAAUAAAUCUGUCAUGAUAUAAAUUAAAAAGUCUGCUACCACAUAAACAAAAAGUCUACCAACAAUUUUAAGUCGUUUAUAUAACUCUGCCGUAAAAUAAUAAGUCGAACAUAAGAAAAUAAGCCGGCCCAUAAGAAAAUAAGUUGACCAUAGAAAUCUACCAUUUAUAACAAAUCUACUACCUCAUUCGACAGACAUAUUCUUAAAAGUCUAUUUUCUAUUUUAAUCGGAUAAUUAAGUCUGCCGUGAAAACAAAUCUGACGUUUAUAAGAAAGUCUGACACCAAUUUAACGGUAGACUUCUUUUUCUAUACAGAUUUUAUAAACAGACUUAUUAGUCGAUAGAUUUAUUUUUUUGAAAAUAAAUCUGCCGUCGAUCAAAUAUUAAGGGUAUUUUGGUAAUGUUUUUUUAUUGUUAUAACUAUAGACAAGGGCAAUUUCGACCAGAAAAAUAUUCUAAUAAUUUUCAAAAAAUAUGAGUCAUUCUAGUAAUAACACAAUUAAUUUGUGUCAUUUUAGUAAACUUCCCUUUUUUUUAUGAUAAAACUACUAUUUACGUAUACAUGACAAUACUAUACGUUUCGCGAAUACUCAUAGGACUCUAUUACGAUCUCCUGUAUGGAUCACGCAUGCGUGCGUGUGUCUAUAGAAUACUAAACAUGUGUAUGUGUAAUAUAAAUAUAAAGGCAUCGUCAUGCUUCAAGAUUGUCUCUUUAUUAGUUAGUCUCCCUCUCUAACUCUACCUUCUCUUCUUGCUUUUUUUGGGUACGCAAUCCUUCUCUUCUUGUUCUUCCUCAAGAAUCCUAAAUUAGUUAAUUAAUGGCGAUAUUAACAGAGAACUCUUCAAACUUGGAUCUCACUAUCUCCACUCCAGGCUUCUCUUCCUCUCCUCGCUCCGGUAAACCAAACCAUACAUAUACUAUGCAUAUCAAAUGAUCAUAAGUAACUAUAUGAAAAUACACACACACACACACACACACAUAUAUAUAUAUAUAUAUAUAUAUAUAACAAAUAUUUGUCGGUUCUUUGUUGUUGUUAUCAAUUAUAAUAUUCUUCACGCAAAAAAAAAAAAAUCAGAUGAAGGAAGUAGCGGAGAAAGAGAACAGCUGAAGCUAGACAUGAAUCGUUUGCCAUCCUCUCACGAGGAUGAAGAACUCAGCCACGGUGGCUCUGCUCCUCCGUGCAAGAAACUCCGUCUAACCAAAGAACAGUCUCGCCUUCUUGAAGAUAGUUUCAGACAAAAUCAUACCCUUAAUCCUAAACAAAAGGAAACACUUGCUGAACAUCUGAUGCUACGACCAAGACAAAUUGAAGUUUGGUUCCAAAACCGUAGAGCAAGGAGUAAAAUGAAGCAAACUGAGAUGGAAUGUGCGUAUCUUAAAAGGUGGUUUGGUUCAUUAACAGAGCAAAACAACAGGCUCCAUAUAGAAGUAGAAGAGCUUAGAGCUAUGAAGGUGGGCUCAUCCACAAUGACCUCCACCUCGAGCCUCACCAUGUGUCCUCGCUGCGAGCGAGUUACCACCGCAGCGAUCCCCUCUAUGGCUGUGGUGGACGUUCCGGCCAAGAAAUUAAUGAUUCCGCCGCAAGAGCGCGAGCAUUGAUUUAGGUAUUUUUAUUAUUAGUAUUGGAUAUGAUUUAGAAGUCAAUGAAAGUCAGGUCAACCCAUGCAUAAGCCAUAGCACCAAAAUUAUCACAUGAUUCCGUAUAAGUAUUACGUAGGGAUUAUGCGCGCACAACGAUGAUUUGUAAAUGUUGUUUUAAUCAGAAUUCCAAAAUCUUUGUUUAUGUUUGGUAUAACAAUAGUUUUAAAAUAAAUACUUUUCGUAA